AUGAGCAGCAGUGACUCCUCAUUCCUUAUGGCUGGAAUCAUUUACUACAGCCAAGAAAAGUACUUCCGCCAUGUGCAGAAUGCUGCAGCCAAGGGCCUGGAAAAAUUCAGCAAUGACCCUGUGCUUCAGUUCUUUAAAGCCUACGGAGUCCUCAGGGAAGAGCACAUCCAGGAUGCUAUCAAUGACCUGGAGAGCAUCCGAAACCACCCAGAUGUGUCCCUGUGCUCCAUCAUGGCCCUCAUUUAUGCUCACAAGCGCUGUGAAAUUAUCGACCGAGAAGCUAUCCAGGAGCUUGAGAGCAGCCUGAAGGAAGUCCGUAAGACAGCAGGUGGGACUGCCCUGUACUUCGCUGGCCUCUUCCUCUGGCUCAUGGGCCGCCACGACAAAGCCAAGGAGUACAUAGACCGCACGCUGAAAGUCUCCGGCGGCUCUAGAGAGGGCUAUGUACUCAGAGGCUGGAUGGACCUGACCUCAGACAAGCCCCACACUGUGAAAAAAUCCAUCAAGUACCUGGAACAAGGAAUUCAAGACACCAAAGAUGUGUUGGGGAUGAUGGGAAAGGCAACAUACCUUAUGGUGCAGCAGAACUACUCCGGGGCUCUGGAGGUUGUGAACCAGAUCACAGUAGCCUCAGCAAGCUUCCUGCCGGCCUUUGUCCUAAAGAUGCGGCUGUUCCUGGCCAGGCAGGACUGGGAACAGACAGUAGAAACAGGACAAAGAAUCCUAGAAAAAGACGAAAACAAUAUCGACGCCUGCCAAAUUCUGGCUGUGCAUGAGCUUGCGAGAGAAGGAAACAUGACCAAAGCUGUGGAGCAUGUUAAAAAUCUGAUUAAGGCGCUAGAGAUGAGAGAGCCCCAAAAUCCAAGUCUCCAUCUUAAAAAAAUUCUUGUGGUUAGCAGACUGUGUGGAAGACACCAGGGGAUCCUAAGACUAGUGUGCAGCUUCAUUGAGCGUACGUUUAUGGCCACACCCUUCUAUGCUCAUGUGGCCACAGAGCUGGGCUACCUCUUCAUCCUGCAGGACCAAGGAAAGGAAGCAUCACUGUGGUACUCCGAGGCCAUGAAACUCGAUGAGAGCAGCAUGGCUGCCUUGACAGGGAUCAUCUGGUGCCAGAUCUUAGAAGGCCACCUGGAGGAGGCUGAGCAUCAGCUGGAGUUCCUGAAGGAAGUGCAGCAGUCCCUUGGAAAGUCCGAGGUGCUGGUUUUCCUCCAGGCCCUUCUGGCAUCUAAGAAGCACAAGGCGGAACAGGAGGCCAUUGCGCUGCUAAAGGAGGCCGCGGAACUGCAUUUCUCCAGCAUGCAGGGCCUCCCACUGGGCCCCGAGUACUUGGAACGGUUGGACCCACUCUUCCUGGUCUGCAUUGCCAAGGAGUACUUGUUCUUCUGCCCCAAGCAGCCCCGGAUGCCAGGCCAAAUCAUGUCUCCACUUCUUAAACAACUUGCUGUGAUCUUGAACCCAGUGGUCAAAGCAGCCCCAGCUCUCAUCGAGCCCCUGUAUCUGUCAGCUCAGGUCAAGUAUCUCUCAGGAGAGCUGGAGAAUGCCCAGAACACACUGCAGCGUUGCCUGGAGCUGGACCCAACCUCGGUGGAUGCCCACCUGCUCAUGGCCCAGAUCUACCUGGCUCAGGGCAACUUUGCCAUGUGCUCCCACUGCUUAGAGUUGGGCGUCAGCCACAACUUCCAGGUUCGAGACCACCCCCUCUACCACUUCAUCAAGGCCAGAGCCCUCAACAAAUCUGGGGACUAUCCUGAGGCCAUAAAGACCCUGAAAAUGAUCAUAAAAUUACCAAUUAUGAGGGUGGCAGAAGGCAAGAAGUUCCACGGGCCCUCCAUAAGGCCCAGUGAGCGUGUCUCCAUCUUACUGGAACUGGCAGAUGCCCUCCGCCUGAAUGGGGAGUUGCAUGAGGCCACCAAGGUCAUGCAGGAUGCCAUCAAUGAGUUCAGUGGCACACCAGAAGAGAUCCGCAUCACCAUCGCCAACGUGGACUUGGCCCUGAGCAAGGGGAACGUGGACAUGGCGCUGAGCAUGCUAAGGAACAUCACCCCCAAGCAGCCUUGCUACACAGAAGCCAAGGAGAAGAUGGCCAGCAUCUACCUGCAGAACCGCAAAGACGUCCGCCUGUACAUCGGGUGCUACCGCGAUCUCUGUGAAAACCUGCCUGGCCCCCACACCAGCCUGCUACUGGGUGAUGCUUUUAUGACCAUUCAGGAGCCUGAGAAGGCCUUGGAGGUCUAUGAUGAGGCGUACAGAAAGAACCCACAUGACGCCUCCCUGGUCAGCAGGAUCGGACAAGCUUAUGUGAAGACUCACCAGUACAGCAAGGCAAUUAAUUAUUAUGAGGCUGCCCAGAAGAUCAGUGGACAGGACUUUCUGUGCUGUGAUCUGGCUGAGCUGCUGCUGAAGUUAAAGAAGUUUACCAAAGCAGAAAAAGUGCUCAAGCAGGCUCUGGAACAUGACUUUGUGAAUGAUAUCCCAUCCAUGAUGAAUGAUGUCAAAUGCCUACUUCUACUGGCAAAGGUUAACCAAAGUCAUAAAACAGAAGAUGUGAUGGAAACUUUGAACAAGGCUUUGGACCUCCAGUCUCGGAUCCUGAAGCGGGCUCCGCUGGAGCAACCAGAAAUGAUCCCCUCCCAGAAGCAAUUGGCAGCCUCCAUCUGCAUCCAGUUUGGAGAGUACUACGUGAUGGAGAAGGAGUACACCAAGGCAACACAGGCUUACAAGGAUGCACUCUCUUACUCGCCCACUGACAGCAAGGUGGAGGUAGAGCUGGCGCAGCUCUACCUGCUUCAGGGGCACCUGGACUUGUGUGAACAGCACUGUAUCAACCUCCUGCAGACUGAGCAGAACCAUGAAACCGCCUCUGUGCUGAUGGCUGACCUGAUGUUUAGAAAGCAGAAUUACGAAGGUGCCAUCAACCUCUACCACCAGGCCCUGGAGAAAACCCCAGAUAAUUUUGUAGUACUGAAUAAAUUAAUUGAUCUGCUCCGAAGAAGUGGCAGACUUGAAGAAGCCCCCACCUUCUUUGAAGUGGCCACGAAGAUGUCCAGCCGAAUGCCUUUGGAGCCAGGGUUUAACUACUGCAGAGGCAUCUACUGCUGGCACAUUGGGCAGCCCAACGAAGCCCUGAAAUUCCUGAACAAGGCACGAAAGGACAGCACUUGGGGCCAGAGCGCCACCUACUACAUGGUGCAGAUCUGUCUGAACCCAGACAAUGAGAUCGUGGGUGGAGAGGCUUUUGAGAACCAUAUGGCUGAGAGCAUCUCUGCUGAAAGGAAGGACUCGGAGCAGCACGGUGUACGCACAGCUGAGAAGCUGCUGCGUGAGUUCUACCCACACUCAGCCUCUGGCCAUGUCCAGCUGCGGCUGCUGCAGAGCCUCUGCCUGAUGGCCACCAAAGAGAAGGCUAAUGUGGAGGCAGCGCUGAACACCUUCAUUGAGCUGGCCCAGGCCGAGAAGAACAGCGUCCCUGCCAUCUUGGCCAUGGCACAGGCCUACACGCUACUGAAGCAGACCCCUAAGGCGCGCACGCAACUGAAGCGUCAAGCCAAGGCUCCUUGGGUGCUGACCGAGGCUGAGGACUUGGAGAAGAGCUGGCUCCUGCUGGCUGACAUUUACUGCCAAGGCGGCAAGUUCGACCUCGCCACGGACCUGCUGCGGCGCUGCAUUCAGUACAACAAGUCUUGCUGCAAGGCCUAUGAGUACAUGGGCUUCAUCAUGGAAAAGGAGCAGUCCUACAAGGAUGCAGCCACCAACUACAAGCUGGCCUGGAAGUAUAGCCAUCACGCCAGCCCCUCCGUGGGCUUCAAACUCGCUUUCAACUACCUGAAGGACAAGAGAUUCGUGGAGGCCAUUGAAGUCUGCCACAGCGUUCUCAGGGAGCAUCCUAACUACCCAAAGAUCAGAGAGGAAAUUUUGGAAAAGGCGCAAGGAUCCUUAAGGGCCUAG